GCGACCCUUAGGUGACCCAACAAGCUUCCUUUUCUUUUCUCUUGACCGAGUCUAUUAUCACAGAGACUGGAUAAGUACUGCCUUGGACAUGGCUUUGCCUCCAGUCUCUUCUCUUACCUAGGCUUGCUCACUGUUAAUUGCACUUCCUGGGUUUUGAGGUGGGGGUCAGAUUCCAGAAGCCCCCCCCCCCAGGAAGAUGGGAGACCUCGCCACUACCCUGUCCUAUUCUUUGUAACUAAGAACCAGUGGGGGGGGGUGUGGCCUAAUGACUCUCAUAGUUAUAAAUAGUAUGGGGGGGAAGGGGAGCAAGGCCUUGGCUCGGAGCCCAGCAAGUGCUUAAGUGCUUAGCACCCCCCCUCUUCAUCCCCAGCACACACCAGGGAUCCUGAUGUGGACAAAGGCCAAGGGGACCUGGAGAUGGUUGCCAUGGGGGGCGGGGAGGUGGUUGCCAUGGAAGCCCCUAGCAGUCUGGCAUAUCACCCAAAGGCCUGUGGAUGUGCCCCUAGCUGACUCUGAGCACCUAACGGCUCUAUUGAAACAGCACCUUGCAGAGAUGCAGAGGUGCUGACACAGACACGGUGCCUGAGGCUUGCUGUGGCCAGCACCUCUAUCCUCCAGGCCCAAGCUCAUCUCUCAGGCCCAAGCCUUCACCAAGUUGAUCCCCAAAGUUCCCUUCCCAGACUGAGCAUCACGCUGAACAAAUCUCCUUAUAGCUCCUACUACCAUCUUAAGCUACCCUCAUCCCCUUAGGAGACCUACCCCCUAUACACACACACACACACACACACACACACACACACACACACACGCACACACCCCUUGUGGCCUCCAGGUCUGACCACCAGUCCCAGGCUAGCCUGCUAAAAUGCCAGAUUUGGUUGCCAUAGCGUCUCCAGGGAGACCAUGCUGGAUUAUAAUUAGAUCAGCUGCCUCCUGCUCUUCACUUGGAGGGGCCUAGGCCAAAGCUGGAACCCCAGCUCUCCUAGCUCCCACUUCAGAUGGGCAGCAAAGUUUUUAAUAAAUGGUAUGGUGUAUGCCCUGGGGGGAAUGGGUCCUGACACGGCCCCCCAGGCCCAGGUACUGGUCUACGAGUCCCGCCGGGACCGCUGGCUUUCGCUACCCUCCAUGCCUACACCCUGCUACGGGGCCUCCACCUUCCUGCACGGGAACAAGAUCUACGUCCUGGGAGGUCGCCAGGGCAAGCUCCCAGUGACUGCUUUUGAAGCUUUUGAUCUGGAGACACGUACAUGGACCCGACACCCAAGUCUGCCCAGUCGCCGAGCUUUUGCUGGCUGUGCUAUGGCGGAAGGCAGUGUCUUUAGCCUGGGUGGCCUGCAGCAGCCUGGCCCCCACAAUUUCUACUCCCGCCCGCAUUUUGUCAACACUGUGGAGAUGUUUGACCUGGAGCAUGGAUCCUGGACUAAGCUGCCUCGUAGCCUGCGGAUGAGGGAUAAAAGGGCGGAUUUUGUGGUUGGCUCCCUUGGGGGCAACAUUGUGGCUAUUGGGGGUCUUGGGAACCAGCCGUGCCCCUUGGCCUCUGUGGAGAGCUUCAGUCUUGCACGGCGACGCUGGGAGGCACUGCCUGCCAUGCCUACAGCCCGAUGCUCCUGUUCCAGCCUGCAGGCUGGGCCCCGACUAUUUGUUAUUGGGGGUGUGGCCCAGGGCCCGAGUCAAGCUGUGGAAGCACUGUGUCUACGUGAUGGAGUCUGAAGACCUGGUGAGACCUGUCUACCAGGACAGCUCAGUAUAGAAGCAGAUCAGGCUCCUUCUACCUGCUGAGGGGGCUCCCUAUGGCUCUGUGGGACGAGGGAGGCACAGGAGAGGGCACCUGAGUUACUGCCUUAGGGACUUGCAUUGGGGAGCCCUUGUCAUUAGCACAGGACACACAUGCUCACACCUAUUUUAUCACCAUCCACUACGAACCAUAGCUAGCCCCACCCAUGCCCUAGGAGUUACUAGGCCCCCGGUCAGCUCUGACAAGUGAGACACAGGGCAUUGGCCUCAUGGUCUACAGCUUAGGACCGAAGAGCUGACCAGGCCCUCUCUAGUGGCCAGUCUGGAAAAGUCUGAGCUUCCAGUCUUCCUUGGGGGUUCCUGUGGACCUCAGGAGUAUUCUGAGGAUGGAAGUCACAGAAGAAAUGGAGGAGAGGGGGUUGGGGAUUUAGGUCAGUGGUAGAGCACUUGCCUAGCAAGUGCAAGGCCCUGGGUUCGGUCUCCAGCUCCGAAAAAAAAAAAAAAAAAAAGAAAUGGAGAAUGUGGGGACUGCCGUGGGGGGGCCAGAGGAUCCCUGGCCUUACUGUCUGUACUACGGCUUGUGUGACCUGGGGCAGGUCAUUUCACCUCUCUGUGCCUCAGUAUCCUCAACUGUAAAUGGGGAUCUCUGAAAUUUUCCUGCCCAACCUACCUCACAGGGCUGUUGGGAGGACCCAGGGAGUUUUGAUGUAGAAAUAAAAAUACUACUCAA